UACUUUUUUACUUCAUGGUUUUUUGUGGGUUUAAUUUGUCUUCAGUUGAUAUGCCUGUUCUGUUUACGCCUUUCUGAGUUUAUGAUGUAAAGGAAGAUACAAUAGGAUGUAAGAGUGUACGACAUACGAGGAGAAUAAAUAAAAUUCCUUCUCGUUCUUUACAAUGAUGACGCUUUGGACUUUUUGGACAUCAAUACCUGUUCAGGAUGCCCCUAUCGUUGCCUAGUUCUGAUCUUGCACAUGCUGAAAUUGCGUUUUAGUAAGGGAAUUCUGAUUUCUGUCCUUGAUCCGUCGUAAUGACUUGUUGCCUGGCGGAGAAAGGAAGAAAAAAGAAUGGAAAUGAACUCCUUUCAUAUAGGACAUACAAUUCUUCGGCCAUUUGCCCUUUUCCAUAUGCUCUCCAGCAUUUAUAUUGGUGAUGGCAAAGUCAUUCACUUUACUAGACGUGGACAAGAAGUAGGAACUGGUACGGUGCUGGAUCUUCUUCUCAUCAGUUCUGGACCAGCCAGAUCUCGCGAGCAAUGCCAAACUUGUACACAACCUCGAGAGGUGCACGGGGUUAUCUGCUCAUGCCUCAAUUGCUUCUUAGCGGGUGGUGUUUUGUAUCGCUUUGAGUAUGCCGUCAGCCGUUCUCUGUUUCUUGCAAAAGCCCGUGGUGGAACAUGCACCCUUGCAGUCUCUGACCCAUGUGAAAUUGUCGUACAUCGAGCAAAGUAUCUGCAUGAAAAUGGCUUUGGUUGCUACAAUGUUUUCAAGAACAACUGUGAAGAUUUUGCAAUCUACUGCAAAACCGGGCUUCUUGUUGUUGAUCAAGGAAGAAUUGGGCAAAGCGGGCAGGCAGUUUCCAUUAUAGGCGGACCUCUAGCUGCAGUACUAUCCACUCCUCUUCGUCUUGUUACAACCAACGUUUAUGGAAUGGCAGCAACAGCAGUGGGAGUAUACUGUGCAAGCAGAUAUGCAGCUGACAUUGGGAUGAGGAAGGACGUGGUGAAGGUAGAAGUGGAGGACUUGACGAGGAGGUUGGCUACUGGCAUGCUGCAGGUGGCCUCAACCCAAAUUUCUGUGAACCUUGCCCGUGAGCCGUCUCAGCUUGUUACUCGAUGAUUCGCGUUGUCCUUCGUUUCAAAUGUUAGACUUCAUCAAGUGAACAUUAUUGGCGCGCGUUUUAUUCGUCGCAAUGUGUAAGCGAUCAUACCUUUUUUUUUUUUUGGGCCAAAAGAUAAGCGAUCAUACCUUUGAUUGGGGAGAUUUGACAUGUAAGAUAUGUAAUGUGUGGUGGCAUGAAUAAUUUAAUGCUGUUUUAUCGAUCUCCUGCCCCGUUCAACUUUACUAUUAAUAAUAAAUAAUGAAUGGUGGUAUAA